AUGCCCGGCAUUGACACUUUAAUCGGACUUCGAAAGCUUUCUUUAUCAGACUACGGUAUUGCAAAGAAAAGACACAAUUUUUCGGACAAUAUUAUUUACAAUGAUCUUUCUCUUGGAAGAGAGCGCUUCUCGUUGAUAGUUGUUAACAAUGAGGAUGACGCUGUUUUAAAUCCAAAUCAUUUUCUGUACACGACUAGGGUAAUCGAUUCGGCCGGGAUUCUCAAAGAAAGAGAUGAAGAAUAUUAUGAGGGUUGUUCUUGUGAGGCUUCGUGUUCAGCAUCUAAUUGCUCAUGCCAUAAUGUCGGCUAUUCAAAAGAUGGUCUUCUUCAAAUGGAUGAACUCAUGGAAGUGAUCUACGAGUGCAAUGCGGCGUGUGAGUGUACAUUACAUUGCGGGAAUCGAGUGGCGCAAAAAGGAGCCACAAAACCUGUGCAAAUUUUUCGAACAAAAAGCAAAGGAUGGGGUGUAAAGACGAUGAGCUGGUUGCCUAAAGGUACUUUUAUUGGGGAGUACACUGGCGAGUUGCAUCGAGAGGGUGACGGGGCUGGAGAGUACCUCUUUGAGACGAAACUGGGCGAGAGCUCGUGCACGAUUGACGCGAAAAAAUGUGGAAACUUCACGCGAUUCGUCAAUCAUUCUUGUGAACCAAAUUUGCAUGCAGCAUCAGUUAUUUGGGAAAACUGCGUAAAUCCCUAUGUUCAUAUAUGUUUUUUCACUGUGAGAGACAUUGAUGCUGGAGAGGAGUUGACUGUGGACUAUGGGCCGGAGUGGUGGAGUGAGAAUAUUAUUUCUUUCCCUUGUCGUUGCCGCUCAUCAAAUUGUUCCUUUAAUGCGGCUGUUCGCUCGGAAAUUUUGGCCGAACGAGAGAAUACGGGUGAAAUA